AUGUGCUUCUUCCUCCUCAAGAACGGGGGAGAGGGCAGGGUGAUCGCAUCGGACCACACGGGCCGCUCCGUGCUCUACGAUCUCGGCCUGCACGCCAUCCGCGCCAUGCCCAGCAUGAAGGCUCCCAAGUGCAUGCCCGUCUCCCUCACCGUCCGGAACCGCCUCUACGUCCUGGAUCGGAUCCCGUCGCUGCCACACGGCAGAGAGGUGCAGAGCUUCGAGGUUCUCACCUUCCGUCAACCCCGCUAUGACUACGGCGACUGGCGAUGGCGCUCUCUGGAUGUGCCUCCCUACUUAUCAGAGCCAACCUACGGCCCCUCCGGCUACAUUCAGUCCUACGCUGUGGUCGCCGGCUCAAACAUCUGCAUAUCCACCAGCAGCCUCGGCACCUACUCCUUCGACACCAAGAAACUGGUGUGGAGCAAGUCGGGGGACUGGGCGUUGCCGUUCAGCGGCCUUGCUGAGUAUCUGCCCGAGCACAAGCUCUGGUUCGGCAUGUCGUCGUUGGACAGAGGCAGGACCUUCUGUGCAGCCGACCUCGCUGCCGCCACCGCGGUCACCCCGCCUGGGGUGCACAGAGCGUGGGAGGAUGUCACGCCGCCGAUUGAAGGAGACCUGGUGGCGUCCUAUGCCGUGCACCUCGGCGGAGGAAAGUUCUGCAUCGUCAGGUUUCUUGAAGUUGGUACGUGCGAAAGGAUACUCAUGGACUUUGACACUGUGGAGACCAUCGUGGUGUUCACCGGCGUAGAGAUGGAGAGAUGCGGUAAUCAAGAGCUUCAUGCGCUACAGCAUAAGUCGGUGCGUUACAAGCUUACAGACAACCACAUCAUCCACUGGGUAUUUUAA